UCUCAACAUCUUUCCUCCCGCCAUCAUCGUCUCGCCAUGUCGUCCUCGCCACUGCACAUGCCCAGCUCCCCUGCGCCCGUCCCAGACGACGUUGACAUGAACGAUGGCACUAUCGAAGAAACGUUCCCCGACGCGCCAAACGCUGAGAGCCUCUUCUUGCCUGGCACGCCGUCGGCGGCGGGGACGCCAGCGCGAUCGAGGGCCUCGCGCGCGCCGGACACGUCCCCUUCGCGUAACGUUGUGGCCAGGAGGGCGAUGGGGAUGAACACACCGCGUCGCACACCGCAGACGCCACUUUUCGAGGGUGGCAGUUCGCCGCGUUUGACCUACCCGUCAUCGUCUGCUAGGAGCGGUCCUAGGAGCAGAGCGGGGAGUGCUCUACGCUCUGGCUACUCGGAUGAUAGGCUCAGCUAUCCUGGCUCGCCCACGAAGACCCCCGUCAACCGCCGAGGAGAUAUUCACUCUUCCCUUUCACUCACCCCAUCUUUCCGCCGCCACCAUCGCCAGACCGAAGCUAGGUCUGCACGCAGCAACCUCCAAUCCGAUGCAUCUGGCCUCGAUGUUCCCAUGUCCUCCAACGCCAAUUUGUCUGCUCUUCCUGCAGCGCAGUCUGAUGAGCCCGACGAGAUCCGCGCUAUCUGGGGCACAACGGUCAACCUCGCGGAGACUAUGAAGUCAUUUCGCGAAUUCUUGCACGGGUUCAAGCCCAAGUACCGUACCGCGUACGACCGCGAACAAGGUCUACCAACUGCAGUCCAGACCUCUCCCGAAGAAGGCGAGCAGUUACUUUACGAGACCUAUCUUCGCCGGAUGCGCAUCACGGAUCAGUCCAACCUCAAUCUCGACAUCAAUAACCUAGCUGCAUACCCGCCAUGCAAGAAAUUGCACAGCCAAGUCGUGAAGUACCCUCAGGAAGUUAUUCCUGCCUUCGAUCAGGUGUUGAAGGACGAGAUGCUUCGUAUUGCAGAGAUGGAUCAAGAAAAUGGAGAAGAUGGUAUGCUCGGAGAGGAAGGUGACGCCGAAAUCGCAACUAUCAUGGGAAGGGUGUACAAGGUCAGGCCGUUCGGCCUUCCUGCUAGCAACAUGCGUAAUCUCAACCCUUCUGAUACGGACAAGCUCGUCUGCAUCAAGGGCUUGGUUAUCCGUGCCACGCCGGUCAUCCCAGACAUGAAGACUGCCUUCUUCCGCUGCCUGACCUGCCAGCACACCGUGCAGGUCGAGAUCUACCGCGGCAAAAUCGAAGAGCCCGCCAGCUGCCCCCGCGACGUUUGCGGCGCGCCCGGCACUAUGUCCCUCGUCCACAACCGCUGCGAGUUCGCCGACCGGCAGGUCAUCCGCCUGCAAGAAACGCCUGACGCCGUCCCAGACGGUCAGACGCCGCACACGGUCUCGCUCAGCGUGUACGACGAACUUGUGGACGUGUCGAAGCCCGGCGACCGCCUCGUCGUCACCGGCAUCUUUCGCAGCGUGCCCGUGCGCGUCAACCCGAGGCAAAGGACGCUCAAAAGCCUGUUCAAGACCUAUCUGGAUGUCGUGCACAUUAAGCUCGGCACAGACGGAACCUUGGGCUUCGACAAGUCGACGCGUCCCGCCGGUGGCGAUCGCAUCCCAGGCGUUGGUGGUGUCGGCGAUGGCCAGGACAGCGAGGCAGAGCGCGAGGGGCUGCAGACGAAGCGGUCAGAGCUGGAGGCGAAGCUAAAGCAGCUGAGCCAGCGCCCUGAUAUCUACGAGCUGCUGUCGCGCUCGCUGGCGCCGUCGAUCUGGGAGAUGGACGACGUGAAGAAGGGCAUUCUGUUGCAGCUGUUUGGAGGCACGAACAAGAGCAUUGCGCGCGGUGGGGGCGGCGGUGGGCCCAGGUACCGUGGAGACAUCAACGUGCUCUUGGUUGGUGAUCCCGGUACGAGUAAGUCGCAGAUCUUGCAGUAUGUGCACAAGAUUGCGCCUCGUGGGGUGUACACAUCUGGCAAGAGUUCAUCUGCGGUCGGUCUGACGGCGUACGUGACUCGCGAUCCGGAUUCCAAACAAUUGGUGCUCGAAAGUGGUGCACUGGUUCUGAGCGACGGAGGUGUCUGCUGUAUCGAUGAGUUCGACAAGAUGUCCGACGCUACGCGCAGUGUUCUGCACGAAGUUAUGGAACAGCAAACUGUGUCCAUCGCCAAAGCUGGCAUCAUCACGACACUGAAUGCCCGAACCUCUAUCCUUGCAGCAGCGAACCCCAUCGGCUCUAAGUACGACCCUGACCUGCCGGUUACGCGCAACAUCGACUUGCCGCCGACGCUCAUCUCGCGGUUCGACCUGUUGUAUCUUGUGUUGGACCAGGUUGACGAGGCUCUCGACCGGAAGCUGGCGCAGCAUCUGGUGGGGCUAUACCUUGAAGACACUCCGAACACAUCCGCAUACGAGAUACUGCCCAUCAACGAGCUCUCCGCCUACAUCGACUAUGCACGCUCGCGCGUCCACCCCGUCAUCACCGAAGAUGCCGGCAACGAGCUCGUCCGCGCCUACGUCGACAUGCGUAACAUGGGCGACGAUCCCCGCGCUAGCGAGCGGCGCAUCACCGCCACCACUCGACAGCUCGAGAGCAUGAUCCGCCUCUCCGAGGCGCACGCGCGCAUGCGCAUGUCCGCGUUCGUCGAGCUGCAGGACGUGCGCGAGGCGAACCGCCUCAUGCGGGAGGCGAUCCGCACGAGCGCGAUGGACCCAAGGACGGGCAAGAUCGACAUGAGCAUGCUGAACACGGGCACGGGGCAGGGGCAGCUGAAGCUGCGGGACGAUAUGCGAAGGGAGCUGUUGAGUAUCUUGAGCUCAUCGGCGGGGUCGAGAGGUGUGAGGUACUCGGAUGCUAUCAAGCAGCUGGGGAGCCAGAGUACGAUCAAGGUGGACCCGAACGAGUUCGCCGAGGUCAUCAAGGCGUUGGAGAAUGAGGGCGUGGUGAAGGUGGUAGGAGAGCGGGAGAGGAGGAUGAUCAGGAAAAUCGACGCGUAGGCGUAUACUUGACGACUGUAUUUGUUCUGUGUCUGCUUGCUGUCUUGUCUGUGUAUGUAUUGUGUAGACGAAUGUUCCCAGCUUUCGUGAUCAGAAAGCAUUCUGCCUGGCAUGUCACGAUUUAGACAAAUCAUGUCGCCGCCUGAUGGGAAUGCCUUCAUCACGCGUUCAUACGAAC